AUGGAGCCACGGGACAAGAACGUGCCGCGGGGGCCGGUGCUCCACAUCGUGGUGGUCGGCUUCCACCACAAGAAGGGCUGCCAGGUGGAAUUUUCCUACCCGCCACUGAUGCCCCAAGAGGGUCACGAUAGCAACAUGCUACCCGAAGAAUGGAAGUACCUCCCUUUCCUGGCGCUCCCUGACGGCGCACACAAUUUUCAGGAAGACACCGUGUACUUCCACCUUCCGCCUCUAGGCGGCGACAACAAAUGCGUGUACGGCGUGUCGUGCUACCGCCAGAUCGAAGCUAAGUCGCUGAAAGUCCGUCAAGCUGACGUCACGCGAGAGACGGUGCAGAAAAGCGUCUGCGUGCUCAGCCGUGUGCCUUUGUUCGGUCUUCUCCAAGCCAAACUGCAGCUGAUCACGCACGCUUACUUUGAGGAGAAAGAUUUCUCCCAGAUCUCUAUUUUGAAGGAACUGUAUGAGCACAUGAACGGGUCGCUGGGGGGUUCCGCUCUGGAUGGGUCGCAGGUUUUUCUUGGGUUGUCGCCACGAGAUCUUAUCCUGCAUUUUCGACACAAGGUUCUCAUCCUCUUCAAGCUCAUCUUGCUGGAAAAAAAGGUCCUCUUCUACAUUUCGCCCGUCAGCAGACUCGUCGGAACGCUGAUGACCGUCCUGUCCCUGUUCCCGGGCAUGCUGGAGCACGGCCUGGUGGACUCGUCGCACUACCGUCCCAGGAGCAGCACGUCCGACGAUGCCGACCCGGGGACAGAGGAGUUUGUGUCUGUGUCCGCGUCGGAGCUGCGUGUAGACGGGGACUCCAGGUCGGAAGGGGACGGCGUCCAACUGAAGCCGCUGUCUCGCACGUCCCCGGAGUCGUCGGAGAGCGACUGGGAGACGUUGGACCCGAGCGUGCUGGAGGAAGGGAACGGGGAGGACGCGACGCCCAUCACGGUGCAGCCGCUCGGGAGUCAGGGCGGCGUUACACAGGGGCUGCUCUCCGGGCUGGAGGAAGAUCAGUACGGCAUGCCGCUCGCCAUAUUCACCAAAGGUUACCUAUGUCUCCCGUACAUGGCGCUACAACAGCACCACCUCCUGUCGGACGUGUCGGUGCGCGGCUUCGUGGCCGGCGCCACCAACAUCCUCUUCCGUCAGCAGCGGCACCUGAGCGACGCCGUGGUGGAGGUGGAGGAAGCCGGCGUGCACAUCCACGACGCCGAUCUGCGCAAGGUCCUCGGCCCCACCACGGCCGAUCUGCGCUUCGCGGACGACCUCCUCAAACACGUGACGGACAACCGCGACGACGUCUUCCUGGACGGGACGGGCUGGGAGGGCGGCGACGAGUGGAUCCGUGCGCAGUUCGCGCUCUACCUCCACGCUUUGCUCGCGUCCUGCUCGGCGCAAGAUAACGAAAGGCUGCUCGCAGACUACGGCGCUCCCUUCGUCGCCGCGUGGAAAGGCACGCACAACUAUCGGCUGUGGAACAGCAACAAGCACGCCGGCAUGGCCGCCGUCACGCCGGGACAUCCUUUUCAAGGACAGUACAGCGUCGCCGAUGUCAAACUACGGUUGUCGCACUCGGUUCACAACAGCGAACGAGGCAAGAAGAUCGGGAACGCCAUGAUGACCACCAGCAGGAGCGUGGUGCAGACCGGGAAGGCUGUUGGUCAGUCAGUCGGUGGCGCGUUAACUAGCGCCAAGUCGGCCAUGACGUCUUGGUUCUCCACUUUGGCCCAACCAGCCGCCGCGGCCCAACCGGACGAAGCCGACCCGUGA